CCACCGCCCACCGACCGUUGGUUUAACCCCGAGUUGAUUCGAGCGCGAGUUUGUAUCGGAAGUUCCUUAAUGUUCCAUGUGCCUUGGACCGAUGCAUGGUAAUCGCGCGAAGACAUUUGAAGACAACCCUGCAACUUCCAUUGUAUCCCCGUGGAAUAAUUAUGCACAGGUAACAGCCGAGUCGAGAGGCGUUGGAAGCCAGUCGGGAGCCAGUGAGAAAAGUCCGCGCGCCCGCAGAGAUACACCGACGUCUGCCCGCAUAGGAUGGUAGAAACUGACCCGGGGCCCAAACCUCACGAUUGUGAUGUAAAAAGGAACCACCAACUAAACGGACCAGGUUCCAAGACUGCAGAACUUGCAGUCGUCCCAUCGCUGAAGACACCAGUCAAAGGCGAUCCGGAAAAAGGCCCAGUCUCUGAGAAAGCUGACUUCGAGAAAGCUAUCGAAUUAGCCGGAUAUGGCCGCUUCCACUACCUGCUGUUGGCGGUCUGCGGACUCGUCAGCACGUCAGAGGAGAUGGACGUCAUCUCCAUGUCCUUCAUCCUGCCGUCGGCGCAGUGCGACUUAGACCUGACCACGCAGACUAAGGGAUGGCUGAACAGCAUAAUCUUCAUCGGCAUGAUGGCCGGCGCGUACGCGUGGGGCUCCGUGGCAGACUCGCUGGGCCGCAAGCGCGUACUUAUUGCCAUCUCCGUGAUCAACGCGCUUGCUAUCGUGGCUUCCUCCUUCAGCCAGAACUACGAGCUUUUCAUGUUGUUCCGCUUCAUCAACGGAGCUGCACUCGGAGGCUCAGGUCCCGUCAUCUGGUCUUACUUCGCAGAGUUCCAACCGAAGAACAAGCGCGGGGCUAUGUUGAGCUUCAUGGCUGCUUUCUGGACGCUUGGCAACCUGUUCGUGGCCGGCCUGGCCUGGGUUAUCAUCCCGAGUGGAAUCGGAGGAGAGACUAACGGUUUCGUGUACAACUCAUGGCGUAUCUUCUUACUUGUGAUGUCACUACCAUCAUUCGUCGUCGCCGCGCUCCUGUUCCUCUUGCCCGAGUCCCCCAAGUUCCUCAUCUCCACCGGCCGCCACGAGGACGCGCUGGAAGUCUUCCGGGGCAUCUACCUCAUGAACACCGGCAAGAGCAAGGACCAAUACCCCGUCAAACAACUCUUGGUAGAAGAACCCAUGCACACGAAGCCAGAGAAGCAGAUUGACACGAAGGAACCACAGGCGCCUAAGUCGAAACUAAGGAGGAUGUUCAGCGACAUCGUGGAGCAUAGCAAGCAGUUAUUCGUACCGCCCAUACUCAAGUUCACGACGAUAUCCAUCACCAUCAACUUCACUUUCCAUAUCGGGUACUACGGUCUCAUGAUGUGGUUCCCUGAAAUGUUCAACCGUUUCGAUGAGUGGUCGAGAAUGAACGACAACGCACCGGCUGACAUUUGUCAGGUGACCCGGUACGUGACGCAGUACGGCACGCACUCCGCGGACGCGACGUGCGACUCCAGCAUCCGGUCGGACGUGUUCAUGGAGUCGCUCAUCACCGUGGCCGCCGCCAUCCCCUCCAACAUCUUUGCCGUGCUGGGCAUGGACCGGCUCGGACGCAAGUUCUUCCUGGUGUUUGCGACUUUCUCGGCCGGGCUGUGCUCUGCGGCCAUGUACUUCGUGUACAACAAGACUAACAACCUGAUCGUCAGCGCCAUCUUCAGCUCUGUCAUCUCGUGCGGUAACGCCUCGCUCGACUGCCUCAUUACCGAGGUCUUCCCCACCAACUUACGAGCGACUGGCGUGGCAGUAUCCAUGGUGGCGGCCAGGCUCGGCGGGAUCAUGGGCAACGUAGUGAUCGCGGCGCUGCUGGACCAGUACUGCCCCGCGCCCACCUUCAUCGUGGCCGUGCUGCUGGCCAGCGGCGGCCUCAUGUGCCUGUUCCUGCCCAACACCACAAGACAGGCGCUGCAGUAAUCUACGGCUCAUAUGGAUAUUGUCUCCGUCUCCUAGACAAGGACACGCGAA